AAAAUGCACUCUGUCACGUAAAUGUUCGCGUUUGUGACACUUUGAUACCUUUCACACGUGGAGUGCCCAAGUCCGCAGAGCAGAACGCUCAUGUAGCCGCCCUCCUUGACUCUCAUUAAUUUUGUUACAGGUUAUCAGGUUCUGCCUACUCAUAUGAGCCUGGACUCAUUUGACCAACUCCUCGCUGAGUUGAGCGACGAAAGUCACCCUUGUACAGUUGGUAACUCGGUUUACUUCGAGUUUCAUGCUGCGGCUCGUUUAUUGCGUGACAACGCCGACUCGCGUACUAUGAAACCUUUCAUCGAUAGGGCGUAUCGAGAAAUGUCCUUCUUACCGCCAUCCGCGUCUCUUUGCUGGCGAAGGCUGUACACAGACGCCUGCCUCUUCUGCGCUAUAUCCAAGGUUUCUGAUUCGGUACACGUUGAAGAUGCAGCGGCUUCAGAAGCUAUUGCUACCUUGGAUCGCGCCAUCAUUAUAGCAGGCGCUCCUGGGAGAUUGGAAUCUAUCCAUCAGCUCAUCAAAUAUAUCCAGGAUGAUCAUCUAACGCUGAAACCGCUCAAGGCCCCUCCUGGUCACAGACAGCCUCUGACGCAGAUGUACUGCUCCAGCGCCUUCUCCGUUGGUGUUCCCUGCAUUCACCCCCCACCAAGUGUCUUCGGGAGGGAAUGGUCACAAAAGCCAUUUGUGCUCCGACGUUAUGGUUACGUACAAGGCUGGAAGGCCCUGAGUUCAUGGGCGUCUAUUGACUAUCUCCGUUCUGUGGCAGGCCCUGGUCGUAUUGUGCCUGUCGAAGUUGGGAAAGACUACAGGGCUGAGGAAUGGACCCAAAGGCUGAUGAGCUGGGACUCUUUUCUGCAGUCUCUCGACUUUCCUGAGCACCCAGCUCAAACCCAGAAUGAAGUGUUAUACCUUGCACAACACAACCUCUUGAUGCAAUUUCCGGCGCUUGAAGGCGACAUCGGUAUUCCCGAAUACGUUUAUGCGUGCCCUGAUCCUCCAUCUUGUUAUCCUGCAUACAAACCUCCGGGAAACACGGACGGGCUGGUCAUUAAUGUAUGGCUCGGCCCAAGGGGUACCAUUUCCCCGGCCCAUACUGAUCCCUUCUUUAAUUGCUAUGCCCAAGCGGUCGGUCGUAAGACCGUCUGGCUCGCACCGCCCGAGGUUUCCAAUAUGAUGUACCCAUUCGAUGAAUCGACAUCUGACACGGCUAAUAAAUCUCACAACCCAGCGGCUAAUACUACGGAGCCAUCGAUGUGCAAUACUUCUCGGGUAGAUGUGUUUCCUGACUCCGCGGAGGCAGAGCAAGCAUCGCAAGAUGCUUUCCCCGCUUUCUGGAAAGAAGUGCCACAGAAAGCCAUGCGCGUGACUUUGGCCCCCGGUGAUGUGCUAUUUUUUCCGCCCGGAUGGUGGCAUGCGAUGCGGAGUGAAGAGACGAGUUUUUCUGUUUCGAUGUGGUUUUAGGAUGGCCUUGUAUACGUAGAUACCUUGAUGGUGAUUAUUACGAAUAAUGCGAAAGUCGGAGAAUGACAGCUGUUCAAAGUCCACUGGAA